AAAAAAAAAAAAAGCUCCAGCUACUUCCCACAUCUGGAAAACCCUGGGUUUUAUAGAGCGCGCUAUUUUCAAGUUUUUACCUUUUUUGUUUUGUUUUGUUAUGCUGGUCUUUUCAAAGAAGAAGGCAAAGCAUGAUUCUGAAACCUGGAAGAAGGUAAACUUCACAGAAGUAUUAUAAUCUACAUUCUCUUCAUUUCAUUCCUGAUGUUUUAGGGCUGGAGCAGUCUGGUUUAGCCAUCCUGAACAUGUCUUUAUUUUAAGGGCUGACAUUUUUCUUGCCCUACCACUUGUAGCAUACCAGGCUGUGCACAGGAGAAAUUUAGAGGACUGAAAUGGAAAUCAGGAGGCAUCUAGGACCCAGAAGCUGAGACUCUCCCCAAGCUCUUGGCUGCCUCUCACCCUUCACUGCAGUGGAUCUGUGCAUCAGUUACAGUGGAAGAGAAGCAGGAGAUAUCCAGUAUGCUGGAAGUCUACCUAGGGAAGGAUUCUUAUUCGUCUCCCUUCUGGCAUGAGAUGAGGCCUGCUUCUUCACUGCUGGUCUCCAAGUACUACACGGCAGUAGGAGUAGCCUAGGUGCUGUGCUCCAAACCUAUUUGUUGAACUGGAGUGCAAAGGGAUAUUUCCAGGACAUCAGCAUGGACCUUCUUGAAAGCAAGAUGACCAGUCAGCAGCUGUCUGCUUCAGAGCAACUCAAGUGGGUGCAAACAUUUGCCCCGGAAACAGCAUGUUGCAAAAUGCAGUAAAGCCUUAUACACCUAGCAAGGAAGGGACUGUUCUUCAGGCUGGGUCCCACGGACUUUCUACACUGCCAUGCUAUUAUAUCCUAUGACAUACAAUCAAGAUGAAACGGAUUUGGUGAAUUAAGCAGAGCCCCUGAUUAUAAUGGCUCAUAGAACUGUGUGGAACUGGAAAGUAUAAGUACCCCAAAGACCUGCUGGACUUGAAUGUUGGCAAACAAAAUGGCUCGUGGCUGCUUGUACACCACCAUCUCUCUUGAUUCUCUUUGAUUACUUUCUGGGGACCCAGAAUAGGAUGGGUGAUGGACUUGUAAAGGGAGGUGCUAAUCUCCAUGGAGCCUUCUCUUCCCACCCCGUGGGUACGAAAUCCUGCCAGGAUCAGAAGACUGCUUCAGACAUCCCAGAGUUCUAUGCUUCUCAAUUCUAGCCUAGACACCAAGCCCAGAGAUGUGGCCUCCGAGUCUGUGGGUCUCUUCUUCAUGCUUUUGAUUGAUUUGACAGCCAUUGUGGGCAAUGUAGCAAUUAUGACGGUCAUUAUCAAAACCCCAGCACUGAGGAAGUUUGUUUUUGUGUUCCACCUCUGCUUGGUGGAUCUUUUGGCUGCUAUUACCCUAAUGCCUCUAGCCAUGCUGUCCAGCUCAACUUUCUUUGAUGGCACAGUCUUUGAGGAUGCCAUAUGUCAUACCUAUCUUUUCCUGAGUAUUUGCUUCAUCACCAUGUGCAUCCUUUCAAUCUCAGCUAUUAACGUAGAGCGCUACUACUAUGUGGUGCACCCCAUGCGCUAUGAGGUCAAAAUGACUGUAAGCCUGGUGGUCUGUGUCCUGAUUGGUGUCUGGAUCAAGGCAGUAGUUAUGUCCAUCAUCCCCAUCCUGGGAUGGCUUUCCCAAGACCAUAUCAAUAGAUCCCUAGCCUACAACGGACAGACCUGCUCCUUGCAGUGGAGCCAAAGUGCCUACUGCAAGUUUUUUGUGAUUUUCUUUGCUGUUUUCUACUUCCUCCUGCCGGUUUCCAUUAUUUUGGUGGUCUACUGUAAUAUGUUUAAAGUGGCCAGAGUGGCUGCCAUGCACCAUGGUCCACUUCCCACUUGGAUGGAUACCCCACGGCAAAGAUCAGAAUCUCUUAGUAGUAGGUCCACAAUGGUGACUAGUUCAGGAGCCCCUCGAACUACCCCUCAGAGGACGUUUGGGGGUGGGAAGGCUGUAAUCAUCUUCCUAGCAGUGGGGGGACAAUUUCUCUUCUGCUGGUUGCCCUAUUUCUCCUUCCAUCUCUACUCAGUGCUGAGCUCCCAUUUUCCUGGCCAGCAGACGGAGAAUGUGGUCACUUGGAUUGGUUAUUUUUGCUUCACGUCCAAUCCUUUCUUCUAUGGAUGCCUCAACCGACAGAUCAGAGGAGAGCUCAGCAAGCACCUCACCUGUUUCUUCAAGCAACCACCAGAGGAGAAUCUCAGGUUACCCAGCAGAGAAGGUUCCAUUGAGGAGAACUUCUUGCAGUUCCUGCAAGGGACAGGUUGCCACGCUGAGGCCAGAAAUGCUCUUACCCAGCCUAGCCCCAAAAGGGACCAAGCUACCAUUGAUUUCCGGAUCCCUGGGCAAAUUGCAGAAGAGACCUCAGAGUUCCUGGAGCAGCACAUGAACAGUGAUAUCACUGCCUCCGAUAACUACAUCAGAGCAGCACGUUCACCGAAGCCUGACCUGUAGCUAGGUUUCUUCUUCUUCUUCUUCUUCUUUUUUUUUUUUUUGCACUUGACAAUCUUGAUUUAUCAAUGUGUGAAAUGCAGAAUAUGGCAGCCGAGGAAGAAUGUGUAUGUUUGUAUAUGGGGGAGUAUUUAAUAAAUACACCAUGGCAAUUGGAACCCUUUCUCUCCAACGUGCUGCUCAAGUAAACCCACACACACAAAAUCAGCUGCUAAUAGUAUCCAGUUAAUUUCAUUUAAUUUUGACUAAUACAGAAUGUUGAUUGCUCACCCGCCCCAUCAACUCAUUCUUAACCUUUGUAGUUGGAAACAUCACUAUUCUGAAUAUUUUAUUUUCUUCUUUCUUUCUUUCAUUUGUUUGUUUGUUUGUUCCUUCAUUUCUUCCCUCCCUUCUCUAGUAAUUGUUAUCUUCUGCUUUGGACUCUUUCCAUCCACCUUCUAAUCAAGGCUGUCUUUGAUUUAUAGGAUUAUAAAUGAGAGGGCUCACUGGUAUUUGGGCUAGGCAUGACUGAGCUACAAAAAGGCCCAGGGACAGGCAGAAGCAACAACUGGGUGAACAACUGACCUUUAUAUUGUAGGAACACAUUUUACAGCUCCACAUUCUCCUGUUCUGAAUUGUCUUACUAUUAAAGAAAUCAUCAAAUCUAAGGAAGAUACAGGAAGCUUUCCUUGUAGUUAAAAGUAAACAAACCAUGGAUGAUCUCAGUGGCUGGAUUCCUUUGUUACACCAAGCCAAAAUAAAAUAAACCAGUUGGUUUAAUUCAGAUGGAACUAACUAAUUCAGAUGAUUCUAAUGUCAGAUUAGAACGAUGACUUUAAUUGCAAUGAGUUUACAUUUCAUUGGUAAAAUGAAGCCUAUGAUCUGGUUCACACAUUGCUUUAAGCUGUUACAUAUAGGUAGUCCUCCACUUGCAACCACAAUCGAGCCCAAAAUUUCCAUUGUUAAGCAAGACAGUUGUUAAAUGAGUGUCUCAAAAACACAUUUAGCUGUGUCACCAUUGGCUAUCCUGGGUCAGAAUUCUGACAGAUGUUGCUCAGCAACAACUGGAAGAGCACAUGUUCCCCUAGUUCAUUUCAUGCCCAUCUAAGGUAAUCACGGCUUCUCCUGAGCUAUGUCAUAGCACCAAUGCUUCUCUAUUGCCUAUCCAGCACAAUUUCUCCUUUUCCUGUAUGGCCUUCUGAUAGCAUAUCACAAUUUUGGCCUAGAAGUUUAGGAUUCCAGGAUGAAUGAAAACUUCAUAACCCCCUUCUGUGUAUUCAGUCCUACCACACAUCCUUCCUGCUGUCAGACAUCUUGUUUUAAUUUGUGCUGUCCGUGAGGUGCCCUGAAAAUUAUACCCAUCCAUAGAAAGCUAUAGUUCAAAAACAUUUGGGUGAAUCCCUCGUGCCAGUUAGUGCCUCCUUUUGACCUGGAGUAAUUUUACUAUAAAGAAUUGCUGGCACUUCAGAAAUAAUCAUCUUUCCCUAUUUCCUUCUUCAAAUUUAAGUAGUAGGUUGAAACGACAUUAGUUCAAUUGCCUUUUUUUUUUCUUUGUAAGUUGUUUAUUGUUCAUCUCACAUGAGUCCUGAUGGAAGGAACUUUGAGAAUACAAAAUACUAUUUUUGCUAUAGUUUGAGCUGCAAACAUUUUAUUUUCAAUAGCGAUUACUUUUGGUUCAGUUCCUCUGGAUACUGUAGCCAAAGACUUCAAAAAAUGAGCCUUCCAUAACCAGGUAUCCUCUAUCUAAGUAAAAAAAUAAACUCUCAGCAUUCCCUGCCAGCAAUGACCAUGGUUAUUGAGAAUUUUGGGAACUGCUUUCUCUCUACAUUGAGAAGGUACCAGAUGGUGAUAUUAAAACUACAUGACGUGCCAAAUAUAGUAACAAUCUUAAGGAAGCAAAACUGGUCAGUUCAGAGAGUACAGAAAAUUGACAAGUGCACCAGGAAUUUGCAGUGCAUAAGAGUAUUCCCUAACUUCCAUAUAAUUGUGCAGCCCUGCAAUCUCAUCCACCAGGAGUAACCUUUUCUGACCUUAAAAUGCUCUCCAAUGAUGCAUAUGUGUGUCGAGAGCUGUUUGUUUCAGUUUCUCAGUGUUCAUUUUUCCUUUUAUAUACUGUAGUCUUCGUAUCUUUACCAGAAUUGUUUGUUAGGUUGUGCCACAUUGAAGUCUCGGGAAGCAAAAGAAAGUUGAACCAAAAGUUCAAUGGAAAUUGGCACAAUAGACAGACCCAUGCUAAUCUCUAUGUUUCUCAAUUCUUUCCAUGGGUGUGUGUGGGUGUGUAUUUCCCAAUAACACAAUUUUCUACUGUUAACAUUUUCUCCUUCAUACAAGGCCAGCAAGAAGAAAAGUAAAUUAAAUAUCACAAUUCAAAAAUUGUUAAAUUAUGCAAAAUUGUGCUAAAUAUCCCAAUAUUCAGAAUAUAUUUUCUCUCCAAAAUCUUUCUGGAUCAUAUAUAACAUUUUCAUGGCUUCAUUUUGCAAGAAAAGGAAACUAUUUUAAUGUAGGACAACUGAAGCCUAGAGCAACAAAUAAAAUGGUUAUUUAUUUGACAAA